AAAUCAAUUCUUACUGUUUCUAUGGACACUGUGCCUACUCUCCCGCGCAGAUUGGUGGAGGCUAGGAUAUGAUAUAUCCAGAACUUGAGAGAUGACAUUGCACGGAUGCCUUAUGCGACAAGAUGACUGACACAGCGAGGUAGAUCUUGUUGUACUUGAUCACUUUCCUAAAAGUGGAGUAAGGAAGUGGUUCCUAGAUAAUGCUGUGUAGACCGGGAAGGUCAUAUUUUCUCAUCUUAGCGUAUCCUGGAUAUUUUGGAAAGUAAGAGUCCAUGCUCUGAGAGCUGCUACAUGUAGGAAUGCCCGAUAUUCAAAACGGUUGUGGUCUGGAUUGGAAAGUUGACCGAUAAGAAGCAAUCUAUCAAGAUCUAUCUGGAUGGAAAGAGGCAAAAUGUAGGUGAGAAGAUACGUGAUGUCUGACUGUUUCAACCUCAAAACAUCUGUCAGAGGAACCUGCUUGAUGAAUCCCUAAUCGUAAUAGACCAUAGGCCAAGGACCCUUAUGCAGAACUAUGGAGUGACUGUAGACUGUAGUUUCUUGUCUUCUUAGAUUUUAUUCAGGCACAACAUUUAGGACAGAAAGCCAGGAUUCAGCCUUGCAAUGAAUCAUCAGACUCAAUUCAGCUGCAUCAAUUAAUGGAUCAUAAGAUAUGAUAACAUGGCUGCUGGUAAACAUCUUAUCCUAGCCACUGUUAUUGAUGUUCUUCCUGGUCAGAUGAUAUACCCAGCAUGCGUUACCUGUUACACCAAACUUCACCUUCUUAGUGAUUCAAACCAGUUGCAGUGUCAGAGGUGUGGAAAACUGUAUGGGAGUGAUCAGGUUUACCAACGUUAUCGAUUGGCUUUAAGAGUAACCAGUCAGUCUGACUCUAGAGAGGUGACAGUUUUUGGAUCAUGCCUGGAUCCUUUUAUUGGGGUUAAUGCUACAAUAUUAGCAAGCUACUUGGAGCAUACGUUGCAAGAUCACGCAAUCUCCAAUGAUCUCCUCCAUGAUUCCAUCAUCAAAACACUCGUUGGGCAUCCUUUCUACUUUGGUUUCAAGACAUCCCCAGCUCAGAGGAAUAAUUUCACUGGUCCAUCUCUAGCAGAUAUCAUGGCAAGGGAUCAUGAAAGUUUGGUAGCAGUGCAGAUGACCUCCCCUUUUCAACAGUGGAACUUUCCAACUGUUGUGCAGUAUCUACAAAAGACUGUCGAGAGAUUAGGGCAUGCUCCAUGUGGAGAGUGUGGUAUCUGUCGUGUAAUACCAGUAUCUCAUCCUCGGCACCAACAUGAAAGAGUGGAAUAUGAUGAUGCUGAAGAUACCAUUGAAAAGGGAGGGGUCAAUGUAGAGGGUUUUGAAAUAACCUGCUCACGAUUAGAUGCAACUCGUGAUGAAACCACAAGUAGCAACACAACCUUACAUUUAGGGGAAACAGUCUUUAGCUGUAGUAUCCCGAGUUUUAGGCUAAGCUGUGAUAAGAGCAUGUCUACCACAGAGGAAAAAAUUAGUAGUAGACUGUUAAAUAGUUCUCUUUAUCAGAGAAACUUGUAUCAGACCGAUAGUAGUAGCACAAAAUAUCAAGAAGAUUUCCCAAGGGAAACACACAAAGAUGAAUAUACGCCACCAAUAUACACUAGUGAUGACAUGGACCAUCAAGAAAUUAGUAAACAUAUCUUGCAUAAUUUUAAGUCAUUUAAAGAAGGUAUUCCAGUUGUUGCAACUUCAAAUCAGGCAGAGUGUGGCAUGUGCAUCAAAGGCAACCUUCUAGAAGAAGGUGGUAGAAAUAAGGUCAAUGGUUCGAAUAGUCGUGCAGUCACUACAGAUAAUGGUGAGGAUGAGUUUGUCACACACAAUCUUGAAGAAUGUCAGCAGGAUGACCUUGCAAAUACCAAUAAAGACAAUGGUAGAAGCAAGGAUACAUUCCACCCAGUUGCUUCACGAGAAAUUGAACUUGAGCCGGAUGUUGUAGGAAUCAACGAUUCAUCUAUCAUUCAAGAAUGUGAAGAGUUCAUGAACAAGUGGCUAGAGGAAAAUAGUCUUGAUAGAUGGUCGUACAGGGAAUCCAUUGAGAAUUCUAGUAUAAAUCUGAGAGGAUUACCGAACUUGGACACCAAUGCUCUCAAAGUAGAAGACUGUUGCAGGACAGAGGCCAGAGAGAAUGAUAAAGGCAGUAGCUUUCAUGAGGUAGACCCUUCCAGGACGUGUAUGAGCCAAGAAUUUCUAGAUGAUCUGCCCUUCUCAGAAGCCCUCGAUCAGUUCUUGCAUGACAUAGAGGACGAACAACCACAGUCAAGGGGAAGGGGAUCCAGUAAUAGCCAACACCUAGCUCACACAAAAGGCUUAUUCAGUGGCACCAUAAACAGUCAUAAGGGGACUUCUUCAGCCUUAAAGAGUAAGAGGUCAAGUGAAGCAGGAAGAACAGAAGGAAGACCAAAUGGGAGAACAGAAACAGGAGGAAAUGCUACAGCCCAAACAAGUGGCUUGGUCAAAGACCAGACUGAAACUGAUGUAUGUUAUGCAAAAGAUUCUGAAAUUAUAGAAAAUCCAGUGCAAGAUAUCAAGUGCAAUAGAAAUGAAGGAAAUGAAAAGGAAGAGCAGGGAGAGUCACAGUCGAUUAAAGAAGAUAAUGAAGAUUUCAACAAAAGGAAUAGGAAUCAUGGGACUGACUGUUAUCGUGAUGAUGGCACUGUUCUUUCAGAUUCUUCCAAGCAAAAGCAACAACAACCAUCACCUCAGAAAUCCAGAAGAAGGAAGCUUGAUGAAUGUAUUUGUGAAAGUAGAGCACCUUCACAUUCCUCCUUGCAAAGUGAACAAUCAUCUUGUGAUUACAGCCAAAGUCCACUUCUCUUCUCCCAAUCACAAUCCCCCAUCUUACUGCCAAAGCCAUCAAAGUUCCUUCCAUCACAGCAGCCUAGAUCCCUAAAUAUUCAUGGACUAUGUGCUGAUGAUACUGAGAAUAUGGUGCCCAUCCACCACAGCACUACCCCUCACUUAAGAAACAGCUUUCAUCAUAGCAGAAAGAAACUGAACAAACCGAGUGAUGGAAACCAACAGGGAACAGCUACAGAUGGCUCCUCUAACGAUCAGCAAAUAACAGAUCAAGGCACUCCAUGUCUUUUCUUCCAGAUCACGGACGAUCCGAUUAUUUCUUCUCGGCCCUCUCCGAUCCCAACCACUGGAAACUUUCCGAAAGUGUUCCACAGCAGACAAAAAGCCACACCUCUUCGACAACUCUUCCUGCAGAGAGCACGCUCCUGGAAAAUGUCCAGCACACCCAUGACAAGUAAGAAGACCACCGCCAGAGAGAGUUCUUUUGAAAGCCCUUUGUCAUCUGGUACCCCAAACCUCUUCUCACCCGAAACAAGUCUUGAAAACACAUCAUCUAAUCUUGGUCAAUUGAAUCAGUCAAAAGAGAGGGAAGAAUCUAUUCCCAAUAGUUUUGAGUGCACACCUGAUCUUUUUUAGAAGCUAAUUAUGUGAAUUUUGAUGGUUGCAAAUAAAGUGCAUUUUCAUGUCAAAGGACAUUAAAGGGAUGGUCCCGGCUGAAAGUAUUUAUCGCUAAAUAAAUAGAAUAGAAUUCACUGAGCAAAAUGC